UCCUUCCGCCAUUUUCGACGCGAUCGCAGGGACGUUUCAGUAACGUUGCUUUUGCAGCUGCCAAAGAGGUAUUUUAUUUGAUUGUAUAUGACUGGAUGUACCUGUUCCAGUCAGAAAAACAGUAACCAAGAUGUCUGGGUACAUGUACAAUGUGAACGCCAUCAAAAAGCUGAGUGACCAGGAACUGAGCUCAGGGUCAGGGAAGUCGUGGCACGACCAGUACAGCGACAGUGCCUGGGUUUUUGUUGGCGGACUUCCCUACGAGUUAACAGAGGGCGACGUUCUCUGUGUCUUCUCACAGUAUGGAGAAAUUGUCAACAUCAACAUGGUACGUGACAAGAAAACCGGGAAACCAAAGGGCUUUGCUUUUAUCUGCUACGAGAACCAGAAAAGUACCGUCCUGGCUGUAGACAACUUCAACGGUGUGAAGAUAAAAGGCAGGACCAUCCGCGUGGACCACGUCGCCAGUUAUCGUGUGCCGAAAGAGCACGAAGAUGAGGAUGAAAUAACCAAGAAAAUCAGACAAGAAGGCGUCGCACCCAGAACACCGCCACCGUCUGAGUCAGAAGAGGAGUAUCAAAUACCAACAAAGAAAGCAAAGAAGGAGAAAAAGAAGAAAGAGAAGACUAAGAAAAAGAAGGAGAAAGACAAAGAAAGAGCUCCACUGAGAAGCACCCCACAGUCCACGUCACCUCGUGUACGGGUGAAGAAGGAAAAAGAUGAUCCAGGGUACAGAGCAGCAGAGUUGGGGAGGUCUGCUGCCAGGCCAGCGGAUAUACGUGGUAACAGAGGAGACAGAAGUGACAAGAAACAAGAAGGGGAUUUAAACUACAAGGAACUGGACUUAAGACGAAACAGAAGUCCAGGGUACAGGGAGGAGAGAUGGGAGAGAGGCAGCAGAGAUGCAAGAGACACCAGAGAUGAAGAGGGGAGGGACACUAGAAAUGCUGCUUCCAGCAGACGCGAUGGUGGACGGGAUGUGAGAGAAGCACAGGACAGGCAAGACUACAAGGGUUCCAGAUACUAUGAUCACCAGGACAGCAGGCAAGAUCGGGACAGAAGAGACGUACAGAGCUCUAGGGACAAAAGAGAUGACAGUUACAGAGAAAGGGAUGACAGGAACCAGAGAGGUGGCAGUCACGGCUGGGAGAGACAAGCUAGAAAGCAAGGAAGGAGCUCGAGAGAAAGGGAUGAUAGAGAACAUCAUACUGGCAGGAGUGGUACUGACAGGGACAGUAAAGCCACAGCUUACAGUGACCCUUGGGACAGAGGGCAACGUGACAAGGAGAGAGGGAGGGAAAGAGAUAGAAAGGACAGAAUGGGACAUGGAGAAAGAAGAAAGCCAGGAUAGAGAGUAUCAAGACAGGCGAUGAUGGAUACAUGUGUUAAUAUCUUGCAAACUGGCUUUAAGCUUGCAAGUUCUGUUGUCAUGUAAGAUCAGUAACUGUUUGAUUUUGAUGUUUCUAAAUUGUAGGUCUCGUCUAUGCCAAGAAUUUUCUGUUUUAUCUGAUUCAAUGUUGAAGUGUCCGUAAUUCAUUUCAGCUUGGCUUGAAGAAAAAGUCAAUCUUUCUGUUUUAACCUGAGCAGUAUAAUACUGAAGUGACACUGGUAUGUUCUUUUAGCCUGCCAAAUUGUAACUUUUUUUUUUCUGCAAACUGCAGUGCCAUAAUUUGGAAUUGUAUUCAACAAAUGCUCUGUAGAUUAAUUAUGUUGACACACUGUUUAUUCUUAUGAUUACAAAUACAUGUACAUGUGCUACUUAUACAUGUGUUCAACUAUGUUUGAAAGUGCUAUGCUGAAUUUCAAUGAGCCGACAGUUGUAAUAAUAUAAAUCUCACAUCCAACACUGUAAAACAAAUGUUGCUGUCUUUCA